AUGGGAAAACUUCUUUCCUUAUUUUGGGAGGUGGAUCCUCCCCCCAUAUCUUUAAGUUUUACCAUUCCAAAUCAGGAUUAUGAGUGCCGCCAGGAUGACUCCUGUGGGACAAUAGGGAUCUUCCUCUUUUGGUAUUUUGUCAUUAUAUUGGUCUUGAUGAUCUUCUCUCGUGCUUCUAUCUGGAUGUUUGAGAAGAAAAAGGAUGAAAACAGUGGGACAAACACUUCAGAAAGUAAAGCAAGCAAAAAUGCUUCCUAUAAGUGGCAACACAGAUAUAAUGCCUGGGACUCUUUACAAAUGAUGACAAAACCAAAGCAAAGCCAACUUACCCCUGUAACGAACUCAGAGAUGGCUUUGGUCAAUGCCUAUCUUGAACGAAGACGAUCUAGGCACCAUUCUUCGUUCAGCCCGGUGAAUCAGACCCAACGCGACAGUGACACUACUGAGUUCGACAGUGAAGAAUGUGACUCGGGAGCCUCGUCGUGGAAGGAGAGUGAAAGUGAACACCCAUCACCAGCCAGUAUUAAGAGAAAAACAACUAAGAAGCAAAAGAAUGUGGGAAGCUACCAAAUCAGGGAAAAGCCCUGCCUCUACUGCAAAGCCAUGAGAACCAAUGAGUGGUUGGCUCACCAUUUCCUUCCAAACACUUCUAAAAAAGCCCCAAUGAAGGGAUAUGCUAAAGAGGAAAAUUCUGUACCUGACAUUAACACAAAAUUCAGUAAAUUUUGA